CCGCUGAUCCUCGUUCUGUUAUUCCCUCACUCCGCUUCGUGGUUCGAGCCGAGUCUGUACGGCGCAGUGCGACGUACUGCAAACCAAGGUGGAGCACAUGCGCCUUGUUCCGAUCCGUUCCGCGUUCCGCCUGAUCCGUUGUCCUUCGUGCUGGCCAGGAUCGACCGCACCUGGACAUUUUCUCCCCGAGGAGAUACUACCCUGCCUCCUUCAAUCGCGCGUGAUAAUCCCAGUGCGGUGAUACACCUCGUUUAAGUGUUGUGCUUCCAAUGUCCGUCGGCUACUUGACCUCGGGCGUGGUAGUCCUUCUUGAGAUAUAAGAAAGGAUUUUAAGAAUAACAAGUGAUCUGAAGUGGUUCCAAGUGAUCCCAAGUGGUUAGAAGUGAUCUCGAUGAUCGAAAGCAAUCCGGAUGCUGGAAAGAAGUAGGGAGUUUGUGACAGUGGUCGAAAUACUGCUGAAUAGUGAUACUCAUUGAGCAAAUGUGUGCUACCUUUUGCGAAAGAUUGAUUUUUGGAAUUAGUGACGCAGAAAGCUUGUUGAGAGACUCUUAGGUGUAGACAGUCCGUGUGAAUUAAUGUCCAUUCUCGGAUUCCAUACCCUGUUGAGAGGCACACAGCAGGUGGUUCCCAAUACCUGUUUGGACAGAAAUGCGUGUGGCCUGGAGCCUUGAUCGGCUAAAUUGGGUUCAGUAACAACAGAUCAGCAUCUGAUGAUCAAGACUGGUCAAAUUAGUUUUGAAUAGUUGCAGUGAAAGAUGUUGACUGAUGUGAAAAGAAAUUUGGGGAUUGUCAAGUGUUUAAGCGUCCGGUAGAACUGGAUGGUAAAGUGUUGAAGACAGUGCCUGGAACUGCGGUUAGUGAGAGUUAUGAAAGUGUAGAGAGUGCAUCGUGAGGUUGGAUUUGAGGGGUAGAAGGAGAGAAGCAGAUAAGGGAAGAAGGUGGAGGUGGUGGUGGCAAGGAAGAGGACAAGGGAGACACGUAGGUUGCGCGGCGGACGCCAUCUCCGCGUUACCGGCAUCCAGGUCCCCAGGUCCCACCCAGGCUGCCUCGACCUCGUCUCGCACCCUCAGCGGGAACUACCCCGCAACAGCAGCCACCCUGAUGGGAGUGUAUGAGGAGCGCGCCCCUCCUACCACCGGCAUGCACUGGCAGCCGGCGAAUUCGCAGGAGCGUGGCAGCGGCUUGGCUUUGGGGUGUCAAGGUGGGCCAGCAGGGAGCACGGGGGUGGGGGUGGGGCCCGGAGCAGUCGAUCAGGCCCGAGACUUGAGUCCAUGCCUGCCGGCGUCGAUGGGCGACGCCGCAAGACCCACAACACUACCGUCCAGUCCGCCGCCUCAACAACCACCGCCGUCGGCUCAUCAUCACGGGCCUCACUCGCGAACGGCCCUCCAUCAGACCCAUUGUGGGACAAACAACAAUUGUUACGACUCCUCCACCCCCUACGACUCCAGGGAUUACGGUUCUCCAGGAGGUGCUCACGAGUACAGAAGUAGUGGUAACUACGAGCACCCGAGUGACCUCAGCAUGCCUCCACAAACGCAUCAUCACCAUCACCAUCUCCAUCAUCAAGUGCAGCAGCACUCUCAGGACCAACACUCACAAGAUCACCUAGAAGCUGUUCCAAAAUUGGAACCACCUCCAACGCCUCCAGCACAAGCUGAGGAUAUGCCAGGGGUAGUUUGUGCCGGAUGUGGCCUCAGGAUAUCGGAUAGGUUUUAUCUGCAAGCUGUUGACAGAAGAUGGCACGCCUCCUGUCUCCAAUGUUCCCAUUGUCGACAGGGUCUAGAUGGCGAGGUCACGUGCUUCAGUCGAGACGGAAACAUCUACUGCAAGAAGGACUACUAUCGAAUGUUCGGCAGUAUGAAGAGGUGUGCAAGAUGUCAAGCAGCGAUACUUGCUUCCGAAUUGGUGAUGAGGGCCCGUGAAUUGGUCUUCCAUGUGAGAUGUUUUUCUUGUGCGGCUUGUGGAGUGCCCUUGACAAAAGGGGACCAUUUUGGGAUGAGGGACGGAGCUGUUUUGUGCCGACUUCAUUACGAAAUGGGAGCAGAAAUGCAUCCUUCGCAGAGUCCACCCGUUCCUGUUUAUCCCCCGGGACCACACUAUCCGGGUCAACCUUUCCCCUCCCCGGAAUUCUUGCACCAUCAUCCUCACGGACCCCAUGGUCCCCAUCCACAUCACACCAUGCAUCCCCAUCAGCAUUCUCACGCGAGUCCCGUUCCUCUCCAACCGACGACACCAACCGGCCCUGAUGGCGGAUCACCCCCCAAGGUGCCCUCCUAUUUCAACGGAUCGGGUACCAACGUGCCACCACCGAGGCAAAAGGGUAGACCGAGAAAACGGAAACCCAAGGACCUUGAGGCGAUGACUGCUAGUCUAGACCUUAAUUCCGAAUACAUAGACAUGCCUUUUGGAAGGGGUGGUCCCGGAACUCCAGGAAUGCCAGGCUCAAAUAGUAGAACGAAGCGAAUGAGGACGAGUUUCAAGCAUCAUCAGCUGAGGACGAUGAAAAGCUACUUUGCAAUCAACCACAAUCCUGAUGCAAAGGACCUCAAACAACUUUCCCAGAAAACUGGCUUGCCAAAGAGGGUACUGCAGGUGUGGUUCCAGAAUGCGCGUGCGAAAUGGCGACGCAUGGUGUUGAAACAGGAGGGCAAGUCUGACAAGUGUGGCAGCGGGGUUGAUGGCGGUUCCCUAGGUGAUUUAGAACUUUACGGAAACAGUACCGGAAGUGGUGGUCCUGCAAUGAGUCCUCCAUUCAUGCUAGGCGGACCUCAUAGUCCGGCGUCUUUAGCCUCCUUAGACUGUGCGUGAUUCCGGAAAUCCGAGACAGAGUCGCGAUAAUCUCUCGCCCAGUGUCAACCUAUCGACUUGUAAAUUUAGAACGCCUGGAACGAGAGUGAAAGUGAAUCGACUAGUUAGCCGUAAUUGGACGUCUCGUCUCGCAAAGUGACGUUCCGUCCGUUCUCUAAUGUCGUCGAGGCGGACGUAUAUCCGGGCGAAAAUCCUAGAUCAGUCCUCGAAAUCACAGCUUGGACAAAAAUUCGCAAUCCAAUUACUAUGGCUUUCUGCAAACAGCUGGAUUAUACCCAGUUUUUUUUUUUCUGUGAAGCUGCAAAUCAUGAGAAGCAAUCUCACAAAUCGGGAAACCACAAAUUAGAAAACUAGAAACAUUGGAUCAAUGAAACAGAUUUCGAUAAUCUAGACACAUUUUUCUUUAACUUGAAUUUAUCUAUUCCAGCGGGUCUGGAUUGGGCCAUCAAGAGAUAGGGAAUUUUGUUAAAUAGUGCGUAUGGUAUAUUUUUUUAUGGAAAUGACAAUCCCUCGACACAUGAAAAGUGGGGGUAUGGAGUAUUUCAGGUAAUCGUUAAAGCAGGGUAAUAGUCAACUGAUUACCCCAAACUUUGGUUACCUCUAACUUUUGCUAUUACCCCGAACUUUUUUUAUUACCCCAAACUUUGGCUUUUUCUGUGAAACAUUCUUUUUUUUAGCCCGAUUCGGUCUAGGAUUUUUUUAUAACAUUUUUGAAAAUAAAUGGUUGAAGCUGUGCUUUCGAGACUCGCAGACUAGAAGACUGACGACGUGAGCAUUUUGUGAAUAUUUAUUGCACCCAAGUUUGGUGCGCGAUGUAAAAAGGUACUACGAAUUUCUGUUUUAAGUUACUGAUAGGAAAUAAGGAACCUUAAAGAAAUGGAAUAAAUGCGUGAAACGACGCAUUCCUCUUGUACUAUAUCCGAAACUAAUGAGUGAUAAACUCCAGUGUAUUUAUUGUAGAAUCGUCGUUAAAUCGCACUCUGUAAGUUUCUUUCGAGUCGAAAACUCAGUGAAUCCUUCGAAAGGAUUGAUUAGAUAAUUAGACCCAGUUGCGAGCAUUGUAAGAUUAUAAUGGAUAAAUAUUUAUUGGCUCGGUGGUUCUUUGAAGGAGAUGAAUGGAGAAAUGAAGACUCGUGGAGAACUUGGAACUAUUUUAAUAUAUGUGCAAAUGAUUAAAUGGAUAUAAAUUAUAUUUUCGUCGUGUGAUAUGACAUUAAGGUUUGUCAGCCACUAGCGAUGUCAAAUUUUCAGCUCCCUUUGACUGAAUUGUACAGUAUCGAUUAUGGAAGUAUGGUCGAAGGAGACACUCGAGAAAUAAAGAAACCCAGUUUUUCCUUGGA